AUGCUCUUUGUGCAGAAGGAGGCCACUCGCAUCCUGGGCGAGGGGGCAGAGGCCCCCGCUGCGCCUGCAGGACCUCCCUCCGCCGCGCCACCGAGGGCGACGGUCGCGCGGUGCGCGUCCAUCUGGGCCAGCUACGUGGCCACAGCUGUGAUUAUCACCGUGGUGGCGCUCAGCUGGCACGUCGUCGAGGGAAUCCUGCGCGUAUGGGCCGAGCAUAGCACAGCAGGCAUCUGCGCUUUCUUGUCCACCUCCGCUGCGAUCUUCUUGCUGACGGCAUUCAUGUACAGCUCCCUCGCGGGGCGCGCGCCGCCGCCGUCGAGGGCGUGGCCCGUGGCUCGCGGGGCCCGCGCGGCCAGGGCCGUUGCUCCAGCUCGCCUGGUCGCGAUGGCGUCGGCGCUGGCCGCGGUGCCCCCGCCGCCUGCGGCAGGAGCUGCGGCCGCCAUCUCCGCGGCGCCGCUAGCGUCGGCGGUCGCUGCCGCGCCAGCGGCCGACGUCUCGCCAGCAGCUGCCACCGCACCAGUGGCAGCCGCCGCGCCGGCAGCCGCUGCUGCGUCCGCCGCCGCGCUGCAGGCGGCGACUGCCGCGGCGCGCGCGCAGGCGGCCCCCGUGCACGCUGUGCCGACGGCGCCAGGGGCACCUGCAGCAGCGGCGGCGGCGGCGUCGGUGCUGGUGCCAGCCCCGACCGCUGCUUCUGGCACGCCGACCGCCGCUUCUGGCACGUCGUCGGUCACGCACACAGAGGCGGCCCCAGCUUCCGCAGCAGAGUGCCCAGCUGGGGCGACGGCGUCAGGGCCCACGGAAGGGUCUCGGCCCAGCGCGGCGUUGGCACGGGCCUCCAGCGCUGGCCCGACGGCGCCUGCCGGCGGCACGGCGCCAGCGACCACCGCGGGCCUCGCCGCUCCAGCGGGCCCAGCGCCCGCGCAGCUACCUGCGACGGCCUCCGCCGGGGCGGCGCCCGCGCCCCUCGCGGGAGGCCUGGAGCCGAGGCAGCUGCCGCUGGGCGCGGGGCAGUUCCGCCCGAGCCAGGAGCCCUUGCGCUCGCGGCUGCUGGAGGGCCUCGUCGCGGGCACAGAGAUCAGGGAGAUGGAGGGCUUCCGCGGCGGGCAGAACUCGGGCGUCUGGAUCGUGAGCGGGCCCGCGGACGUGGACGAGCUCGUGCUCAAGUUGGUGAGGUGCACCAGCUCGCAUCCGGGCCUCCCCACGGAGGCGGAGAACUGCGCGAGGCUGCUCGCGAGGCACCCGGCCAUGGCGCGGGACGGCCAGCUAGCGCUGCCCACGCACGUGUUUUCCUGCCUGGGGCCGUCUGGUGAGAAGCUCCACGACCUGCUGGUGAUGCGCAAGGCGCGGGGAGACCCCCUGGCCACGGUAAUAGCGAGGAGGUGGCACGGCGGCGAGGCCCAGGAGCUGAUGCGGGUCAUGACGCGCCUGGGCCGCUUCCUCUCGCGGCUGCACCGCCGCUACGAGGGCUUGCAGCAUGGCGACUUUCAGCCCUCCAACGUUCUCCUGCACGAGGAGACCGGGGAGUUCACCCUGGUCGACGUGGGCGGGAUGGGCAUCACGACAGUGAAGACCGACGUGGAGCAUUUCGAGGGCGCCAUGAGGACAUUGGCGGCAGCCUACAAGGCCCCGCAGUUGGCCGACGACACUGUCCGCCACUUCCUCGAGGGGUACGCAGAGGAAGCGGCCGCUCAGGCGGCCGGCACCCCGCUGGCGGAGCCUGCGGGGCCGGAGGAGGAGGCCGCCGCCGCCGCCACCGCCGCGGCAGGCCCAGGCGCUCGCCCAGAGGCCGCCUUCGACGCGACGAUGCGGCCUGGUGGGGCGCCGCCGCUCGAGGACGCGGCGGCGCUCGAGGAUGGCCGCCUGGGAGGGGACGCGUGGCGACAGCGGCUCCAGUCGGACGUGGAAGUAAUCCAGCGCAUCUACGGCGCCAUCUCGCGGCGCGGCUUGUCGCCGCACGAGCUCUUCGAGCGCCUGGACCUGGACGCGGACGGCGUCCUGGGCUGGCAGGACGUGGGCCAGCUGCUCCGGUCGUUCUCGCCCGAGAGGUCCGAGCAGGAGCUCCGGGGCCUGUUCUGCACCAUUGGCGGCGACGAGCGCGGCGCGGUCACCCUGCCCGCUUUCUGCCUCGCCUUCCGCGCGGCAGGGGAGGUGCUGGCCCACGGCCUGCUGCGGCGCCUCCGCGCGGCCCUCUCGCGGCGGGGCGAGUCCCCACAGGGCCUGUUCUUCAGGCUGGACGCCGACGGUGACAGCCUGCUGCGGCCCGAGGACCUGGAGGGGCUGAUCGCGGACCUGGAGGGGCUGAUCGCGGAGUUCGCGCCUGGCGGCCCCACGGCGGAGCUCGCCCGCGCGCUUGGCGCCGAUGAGGAUGGCUGCGUGGCGCUGCCCGCCUUCUGCGGGGCACUGACCGCCGUGUGCGGCCCGCCCGGGUCCGAGCGGGAGUGCGCGCUCGCGGCCGGCUCCGCCCCGCCGGGCGCGGAGGCCGAGGCCGCCGCUGCGCCUCGCGCGGUGCCGCGGCAGCGGCAGCGGCGCCCGCGCGGGCGCGGCUCGGAGAUCGCGCGCUGCUUGGAGGCGAACCGCCGCCUGCCUGGGCGCCAUGCAGUGGUCAGCGCUGAGGACCGCGCCGGGUGGCACCCGCAUGCGCCCUGGGCUGGCGGCGAGGCGGCCGCCGCGCGCCGGGAGGCCCGCCGAUCCCCGGCGGCCGCCCAGGCGGCGCCCCGGCUGGCGCGCGACUCCGAGGAGCGGCUGCGGCAGUUCGUGGAGCGCCACGGUCCGACGGGGCGCCCGCCGUGCCCCGGCGAAGCGGGCGCCGCGGCGGCGUUCCGCUGGCGGCCCGCCGUUCCUGGCCGCGCCGCGCUGGAGCCGGCUGGGAGGGUGCGGGAGCGGCGCGAGGUGGCGAGGCCAGCCGCCACCGGGCGCCGGCAGCCGGGCGCGCGCGCGGGCGCGCGGCAGGCGGCGAAGGACCCGGAGGCCCUGGAGAAGCUCAGGCAGUUCGUGCUGCGGCACGGCGCCAGCCGCGACAGGCAGCGCCAGGGGCCUGGCUUCGAGCACCUGGACGCGGCGGGCGGGGCCCCUGCGCCAGUCCAGGGCAGCGGCGGCGCGAGCCCCGCCGCUGGCAGCGUCUACGGCGGCAGCUUCGGGCCGGGGCGCCGCCGGCGGUCGGGCAGCAGCCGCAGCAGCUCCAGCAGCAGCUCUGGCAGCGGCAGCAGCCGCAAGUACGACUCCGAGAGUUUUGCCUCCCACGCCAGCGGCGCAGAGGAAGGCCGCAUCGCUGGAUCCAGCAAGGGUGCCGGCGCAGCGGUGGCAGCCAAAGCCGCAGAGGAGUCGUACAGCGACGACGACUUCGAAGGGUCGGACGACGCUGGGAAUUCUGAUUCCUACACGGAUUCCUGGGAGAAUUCCCUCAUGUAUUUCGCAGGGAAUCUGACGGACUUUGACCUAUAUAAGGUCGCCGCUUGGCUGCCGCCGCGGCCGGCGCACUGGUCCACGCGGGCCCGUCGGGGCUCUUUGGCGCCGCUGGCGCGGCUGGUGCUGCUGGCGCGGCGGGCGCGGCCGCUCUCGGUGGCGCGCCUGCUGCUGCGAGCGCUUCCGGCCCUGCUGGCGCCGCCGCCUCGACUCUCGCUGCUGACGCCCCCUGGGCGGUCAGCGCGGGCUGGGCUGCUCGCCCUCCCACCCCCGCGGGCGCCCCAGGCGCUGCUGACGCCCCCUGGCAUGUCGGCGUUGCCCGCGUGCGACGUCCUGCUGGCGCCGCUGGCGCCGUCGGCACGGUCGAAGCUGCCGACGCUGCUCCUGGUGGAAGAGGUCAGGAAUGCUUUCGACGACGCGCGCAGUGAGGAUGGCGAGGGGGGCGACGAGAAUGCGGCCAUGGAGGAGGAGGAAGGGGGCGUCGAGAUGAACGAGGCCGUCGACGUGGUCGCGGAGGUCCAGUCCGCGGGCUGCGCCGCCCAUCCUGUCGCGCAUGGUAACCUGUGGCUCCUGGUCAAGGAGGCGUGGGCUAACUCCCCGUGGGCUCGUGAACACUGGGAUCGCUUCGCCUGCGACAAGAAAAAAAGGAUCCAGCGCUGGAUGAGCCUCCCUGGAGAGAUGGAGGAGGCCGAGGCUCCGGACGGAAAUAAGCGCGCUGCUUUCCUGAUCAGGGCCCUGGGCACUGACAAGCUAGGACAUCGGAUCGCCGUCGGGGAGUAUGACCCCGCCGCUGUGCUGCCCACUCCCUGGCUGCAGACCCGCCGGGUCACCCCGCCGGACCAGCGGCCCCGCCCGUGGGUGCCGCUGGGCCUCGGCGCCCGGCGGGCCCCCCCUCGGGGAGCGCCGCGGGCUCGCGCUGUGCCUGGGGCUGCUGCUCCAGUUCGCCUGGCAGCGGAGCGCAGACUUCACAACGCAAGCCGCGAGCCGGCUUUCAAUGUGAGCAAUUGCGGGCCAGCUCCGAAGUACGAGCACGCCUCACCAAGGAACGCCGCAGACGCGAAAGAGACCAAGUAUGUGUCGGGCGAGGGCCACGUAGAGGUCACCUUCUCGGCUGGUGACCAGGUAGAGUAUAAGUGCAGCCACGGGUUCUCGGUCGACGGCUCCCUGGACGACGGGGAGAGGACCUUCACCGCGAACUGUAGCGAGCUUGGCUACUUCAAGCCUGGAGGCGUCUGCUUGAAGGCAUCCAAGUGCGGGAAGGUGCCGAACAUCUCGCACGCCAUGCCUACAGGCAAAACUCAGACGGACGGGUCGGUGGAGUUUGUCUGCGCCCAUGGCUACUCCCUCGAUGGGAAGAGAGCGGUCCCUGGAGGUUUGGGCGCGAACACGUUGUUCUUGUUGAAGUGCGUUGAGUUUUCCGGCAAGUACAAGGAGAGUUCGAUGGCGAGUGCAAGCCUGCCGCGUUCCUGUCUGCAAGCGCGCCCUGGGGCCGGGCGCCCUGCAAGCGGGAGCUUACUCGUCGGAGGCAAGAUCAUAAACAUGUACAACGGCGUCUUCAACGCCCUCUUCGUGGUUGAUUGCAAGGACUCCGCCACCCUGAAGAACGGCUUCGGGAAGAUGCAGGGUCCUCCGGCGACAUUGGAUAGUGCCUGUGGCAAAUUCCAAGAUGGUGCACUUGCAGGCCAAUGCUCAGGUCUGGUGGCCACCAUGAAGUCAGAGUUUUCGGCGAAAGAGCAGGAGCUGAAGGAUCACUUGAAGAAGGUCGCGAAGGAGAACGCGGUUUUCAACAUGUCGCACCCCGACAAGGACCGGCCGAGCAUCGACGGCGAGGCCAACGAGUUUUGCGCGGCGCUGUGGGGGCUGCUGGAGCUGCCGCAGAAGGACGAGAUGCCCCCUGGAGCGUCGGAGUCCGCGCCAGAGUCCGCGCCGGGGUCUGGCCGGUGA